CAAAAAAAAACACUCUUACACGAACAAAAACACUGCCACCUGAAAAACACUAUCGAUUCGUGGUUCAAACUCACUCCUAAGUCUUCAUCAUCAGCCCUUGUGGGGUUCCUAACCGGUGAAGCACCUCCAAACCCAGGUGAAACGCGUCAGAAAAGAAGGAAGAAAAAAAAACGAGCACAAAAAUCAAAAGUAUAGAUAGAGAUAGUGAAGAGAACGUAGGACGACACACUGGUGAUUCAAUUACCACUGGUAGCACAUUGUCGACGAGACAAAUUGUUUUAGCUUCAUUAUUUAAUCCACUGAGUGCCUUAAACUCUAUUUAUUCUAAUUUCGUAAAGUCUAUUUUCAUUAAUAUUUCAUCCCUCGCUUAAUUAAUCGAAGAUAAUUGCUCGAUUAAAAGCCUCAAAGUACAAGAAGAAAUUUUAAAAACAUGAAAUAAAGUAAAAAUGAGAUAAAAUAGUGAAGAAAUAAUGUUCCUCUAGAAGGUGAAUGAAAAGAGAUUUUUAUUGGGAAAAUUGACCGGGAAUUCCCCGGUAUAAAAUCACGAAAACGGAGUCUCACGAUACUUUGGGCGAGGAUUUCUUCGUCGCUAUGGAUUUGAAGGAAGAAGAAGAAACUAAUGCUGAUCGUCAAUUGUAUUUGGUGGGUGCACCCCGAGAUCCUCUGGUGUCCACUGGGGCUAUUGUCGAUGGAACAGACGAUAUUAAUUCGAGUGGUGAUCUUCAGACGAAUGCACUGGCUGGUCUGAUGUCAGGGCAAUCAUCGUCUGUAUGCUUUCCAACUAAAUUCACUUAUGACUUUUCGACGAGUCCCAGGAGUGAGGAAAGACAGAUUACUGUUGGAAAACGUAAGCAGAGAAGGUAUAGGACUACUUUUACGAAUUUCCAAUUGGAGGAGCUAGAGAGGGCUUUUCAGAAGACACAUUAUCCGGAUGUUUUCUUCAGGGAGGAACUCGCAUUGAGGAUCCAACUUACUGAGGCUAGAGUACAAGUAUGGUUUCAAAAUCGUCGAGCCAAAUGGCGAAAGCAAGAGAAACAAUGCAAGAUGCCAGGCCAACUGGGUUCCCAUUUGACCCCCACAGAGUGCCCAGAAGUCCAUCAUCCUCAUCAGCAGCAGCAACAGCAGCAGCAGAACCCCCAGCAACAGACGGCUGAUCAUCUGCUGCUGGAAGCACCACUGGGCUCUCCCCCACCGAUCUACCUGGGGAUGGAGUGGACCGGCUUUUCGCCUUACUCAACCGUCCCCACAGCAUCCCCACUCAUCAUGAACGCCAUCAACAAGCCCCCAGAUGUCGAUGACAAUCCCCUACUCGACCCUGAUCUUCUCCAGUUGAAAAAUCCGCGUUCCUAGUCCCAGCAAUUGAUCCUAUUGAUUAUGAAUGAGCAAUUCUACUCGA